CCCCAAAAAAAAACACUUUCCUUUCUUCACUCUUCAUUUGUGUUCAGAGCAAACUCCAACGAGAAGAUGUUUCGAAGCCGAUUGACGCCAUUUUUUUUGUUUAAGAGCAGCAAUCGCAAAGCUCUCCGCGACCUCGCCCAAACGGCGUCGUCUGGUUCUGUUAUAUACGAAGAAACUUCCAGAAGAUUCUUCUCCUCCGGAAUCGCUCGCACGAUUUUCCAUAACUUCCGAUCUCAUUUUUCCCCAAAGGGUAAUUAUGCUCGGCCCCUGAGAAAUAUGUGCGCCAUACCAUCAUCUGUCAGUAUGGCAAGUAAGGAAGGAUUGAAGCUAAUCGUGAAUGGAGGACCCCCUGCUCAGAAAGCGGUUGGAAUAUGGCUUUUUUGCUCUGCGGCAUGGGUGUUUAGUAUGGUGAUACUUGGUGGCGUCACACGAUUGACAAGGUCUGGUCUUUCAAUGACAGAUUGGAAGUUUACUGGCCAGCUUCCUCCUCUAUCAGAUGAGGAGUGGUUGCAGGAGUUUGAGAAGUACAAGCAGUCGCCCGAGUAUAAACGGGUUAACCGGGGAAUGAGUAUUGAAGAAUUCAAGUUCAUAUAUUGGAUGGAGUACGCGCACCGUAUGUGGGGUAGAGCACUUGGUAUCAUGUUUGCUUUGCCAUUUUCGUAUUUUCUUCGUAAGGGGUAUAUUACCUUACGGCUUGGACUGAAACUCUCUGCUCUUUUUGCCCUUGGUGCUGGGCAGGGUCUGAUUGGCUGGUGGAUGGUUAAAAGUGGUUUAGAGGAACCAGCCUCCGAAUAUGCUCAACCAAGAGUUAGUCCCUAUCGGCUUGCAGCUCAUCUCACUUCUGCCUUUGCCAUAUACUGUGGCCUUGUUUGGACCGGUCUCAACGUCGUUAUGCCUGAGCCACCUGCAGAAUCAUUAGCAUGGGUUAACGGGGCUGCUAAAGUAAGAAGACUUGCUCUUCCUGUGAGCUUACUUGUGGGCAUUACAGCUGUCUCAGGAGCCUUUGUUGCGGGAAAUGAUGCGGGACAUGCAUACAAUACUUUCCCAAAGAUGGGUGAUACUUGGAUACCAGAGGAUGUUCUUGACAUGAAGCCACUUAUUCGUAACUUCUUCGAGAAAACAUCAACUGUGCAGCUUGACCAUCGAAUCCUAGCAAUGACAACCUUAUUUUCAAUUGGCUCUUUGUGGUGGUUAACAAGGAAGUUGGAAAUACAUCCUGCAGUUCGAGUUCUAAUCGGCAACACUGUUGGCAUGGCGGCUCUUCAGGUGACAUUAGGGGUAUCCACCCUUCUGUCAUACGUUCCGGUUUCACUAGGUACUGCACACCAAGCCGGUGCUUUGACUCUUUUGACGUUGAUGAUCCUUCUCAAUCACACGGUGCGGAGACCAUCACCAUCCCUUCUUAAAUCUCUGCCUCAAGUUGCCAAGACAAUCUAGCUAAAUUUAGCACACAAGGCAAAUGUACAACGCAAUCAGUUAAGAUUAAACCCUUAUUUACCGGACUCAAUGCCCUUCUGGUGUUCAAGAUGAGUUCAUAUUUUUGCCACAUUUCCAAGGAUUUUCUUUCCCUUGUAUUUGGAAGCCUUAUCAGUGAGAAGUUUCAAUCAAGCUAUUGCCAUUUGAUUCAGAGGUGCAAUUCCUCAUUGGUGAACACAUUUUAAUUUGUAGCUGAGAUGUAAUUUAUCAAGAAAAUAAUCGAAGGAAAAAUUGACAGUGUAUGGCGCAUGUUAUUCAAGUUUUUAUUAUUAUUAUUAUUUGUUAAUAUUUUCAAUAGUAAAAUUGUAGAAUUU